CCCCCUCUCUCUUGCACACAAUCCAUCACCCAGGCAUUUGAGUUGUUCCACCUCAGUUCGGCAUUAGCGGGCUGCACAGCGUCCUGGCCAUGGCGGUGGUAGCGAGCUACUGCUGCUACUGCCCGACCCAUCUCCCUUAUAAGAUUAAGCGCCCUCCUCUUUUAAGCCAUUCCUCGUCCUUCAUCGAAAGAUCACUGUCUGGGAAAUGGACUAGAAAUUCCGGCCGUGCAUCUAGAAUCAGUGCACUACUGUGGGGACCUAAGAAGACUAUGGAGCCACAAAGGCUGGAUUUCGCCCUGGGGGAUUUCACUUUGACAGGGUCAGAAACAGAGGGUGUUUCAGAAAACAUGUUGAAACCUAAAAACAUAUCAGUUUCAGUGGUUUCUUCAAUCUCAGAAGUUACGAUGAAUGACUGGGAUGCUUGCAAUCUAGAUGCUACAGGUCCUAAAAAAUUUAAUCCUGUUCUUACACAUGGCUUCCUUUCCAGUUUGGAGGAAUCAGGUUGUGCUGUGAAGGAAACUGGAUGGAUGCCUCAGCACAUCAUUGCUCGUGAUGAAUGUCAGAAUAUUUUAGGUGUUGUUCCACUCUAUCUUAAAAGCCAUUCUUAUGGAGAAUAUGUUUUUGAUCAUUCGUGGGCUGAUGCUUUCUACAAUUAUGGUUUAAAAUACUAUCCAAAAUUACAAUGUUGUGUACCUUUUACUCCAGUUACUGGUCCGAGGAUUCUAGUCCGCAACAACUCGUACAAAGUUCAGGUCUUUGACAUCUUAGUGUCUGCACUGAAAGAUUUGGCAGCAAAGUUCCAGGUUUCAUCUUUACAUGUUACCUUCCCAGCUGAAAAUGAGUCCCAGAGAAUGAAAGAGAAUGGGUUUUUGCAGAGAAUUGGAAUGCAGUACCACUGGAAAAAUCGUAAUUACAAGAAUUUUGAUGAGUUUCUGAUGGACAUGAAGCAAAGUAAAAGGAAAAAUAUUCGUCAAGAGCGCAAAAAGAUUGAUGCUCAAAAUUUGACCAUGAAACGGCUUCGCGGGUAUGAAAUAAAGGCUAAGCACUGGGAUAUCUUCUACAAGUUCUAUAGGAAUACCACUGACAAUAAGUGGGGGAGCCCCUAUCUAACUAGGGAUUUCUUUCACAACUUUGGAUCUAAGAUGGGAGAUCAAAUAUUACUUGUGGUUGCUGAAGAAGGGGAUGAACUUGUUGCAGGUGCUCUUAAUCUUAUUGGAGGAGAUACUUUGUUUGGACGUUUAUGGGGUUGUCUUCCACAAGCUUACUACCCAAGUUUGCAUUUUGAAGCGUGUUAUUACCAGGCCAUAGAAGCAGCCAUUGAACUUAAUCUUGACACAGUGGAGGCAGGAGCUCAGGGAGAGCAUAAAAUUCAAAGGGGUUAUUUACCUGUGACGACUUACAGUUGCCACUAUAUCCUCGAUGAAAGCUUUAGGAAAGCGAUAGAGGAAUUUCUGGUUCGAGAAAUGGCUCAGGUUAAGCUUGUUAUGAAACUAUUACAGGAUUCUGGUCCAUUUAAGGAUGGUAUACGGUAGAACACUCAGGGUAUGAUGCCCCAAUUAGUUGCCAAAAGAAACAGCACGAUCUGUAUUCAUUAUAUAAACUGUAAAUAAGUAUCCUAUGCUAUGUAAUAAAAUUCAGGAUUUUUGGGGUACAAUAUAAGUAAUAUCUUUUGCAAGUAAUACUAAACUGUUGAUUUU